AUGGCCCCGGCCAACCACACAAGCACCCCGACUUUCCUGCUCUCUGGAUUCACACUCCCACACUCCCUGAGGCCCCUGGCCUUCCUGGGGAGCCUGAGUGUCUACGUGCUCACACUGACCGGGAACCUCUUCAUCAUGGUGCUGGUGCGGGCAGAGCCGGGGCUGCACACACCCAUGUACUUCUUCCUCAGCGUGCUGUCCUUCCUGGAGCUGUGGUACGUGAGCACCACAGCCCCCACGCUGCUGCGUUCACUGCUCUGGGGGCGCUCCCACAUACCGGCAGCUGCCUGCUUCAUCCAGCUCUAUGUGUUUCAUGCCCUGGGCAUUACUGAGUGCUACCUGCUGGGCGCCAUGGCACUGGACCGCUACCUGGCCAUUUGCCGCCCACUGCACUACCACUCACUCAUGAGCCCUCGGCUGCGGGUGGUGCUGGCUGGAGCAUCGUGGGCAGCUGGCUUCUUGGCUGCCACGGUGCCAGCCAGCCUCAUGGCCACUCUGCCCUUCUGUCUGACUGAGGUGGCCCACUAUUUCUGUGACCUGGUCCCACUCAUGCGCCUGGCAUGCAUGGACACCCAGUGGCACGAGCACAUUAUCAAAAUUGUAAUAGGCACCAUCAAUGGCUUUGACUUCCUCUUUAUUGUGGGUCUGUAUGGGGGCAUCCUGAGGACUGUGCUAAGGCUCCCCUCGGGGGCCAGCCGUGCCAAGGCCUUCUCCACCUGCUCCUCACACAUAACAGUGGUGGCGCUGUUCUUCGGUUCUGCCUUCAUUGUCUACUCUGGGGCAUCCGGGAGCCAUGCUGGCUCAGACAAGUACAUUGCCCUGGUCUAUGCUUUGAUCACGCCCUUCUUCAACCCCAUCAUCUAUACACUGCGCAACAAGGAGGUGAAGGAAGCCGUGAGGAGGGUGUCCCGGAGGAUCUGGACACUCUUGCGAGGAUCCUGA